UGCCCUUUCUUAUUCCUUUGUUUUCUUCUGCAGUUCUGGUCGGACCCUGAAGAACCCUAGUUUCAAAUCUUGUUUGUCUUCAUUGUGCAGACCCCAAAAUCAUGAUGGGAGGAGCCAAACGUUUUGGCACAUCGGAUUCCAGCUCCGACUCCGCCUUUCGGAACAAAAGAAAAAUGACAGGAUCCUCAUUUGAUGUUCAUAGAACAGAAUCUUCUGAAGAACAAAUUAUGGCUACACCUUCAUUAGAUGAACGGCGAGCUGAGUCAUCGCAGCUGCAUGUGAGAGCUCUCAACACCCAAUUUGCAAGUUGGGUACAAACGCAACUAAAAAAUCACCCUGAUGAACUUUGGGAAGAUGGUAUUCGAGAUUACCUGGCUUAUGCGUCAAACAUAAUGGAAAAAUUUACAGACGUUGUCAACUGGCUUAAAGUAAAUGCUGCAAAAGUAGAAACUUCGGCUUCUGCAGGAUCUCAGAUUUCUGCUGAAAAUAAGAAGGUGCCGGAGUCCCCAAACAGUGAGACAAACAUAUUUCAGAGAACAACCCCUCUCUUAUUUGGUGCGACCACAAACUUUACAGCUCCAGGGAGUGCUGGUGUGUUCUCUAACAGCCAAAGCUCUACAGGAUUAUUUUCCAACAGCCAUAGCUCCACAGGAGUGUUCUCUACCAGCAAAAGUUCAACAGGAGUAUCUUCCAAUGGCAAAAGCUCUUCAGGAGUACAUAACAGCCAAAGCUCUCCAGUCUUCUCCCCUAAUCAGAGCUCCAGCAUAUACUCCAGUAGUCAGAGCUCUGGCAUGUUUUCCGCUAGCCAAAGCUCCGGUGUGUUUUCGAAUAGCCAAAGCUCCGGCACGUUCCCCAAUUGCCAAACCUCCAACAUGUUCUCUAAUAGCCAAAGCUCCAGCAUGUUCUCCAAUAGCCAAAGCCUCGGACAAUUGUCAAAUCGUCAAAGUGCUGGAGCAUCUUCCAAUAGCCAAAGCCCUGUAUUAUUUUCCAAUAGUCAAAGUCCAGGAUUGUUCUCCAACAAUCAAAGUUUUGGGGGAUUCUCCAACACUCCCAGUUUUGGGUUAUUCUCCAGCAGUCAGAGUUCUGGGGCAUUGUCCAACAGUCAACCCUCCCCAUUGUUUGGAAGUCUUCCUCAAAACCAUGGUGCUUCUGAUGAAGCAGAUGCUGAUAAUGAUGUGGAGCAACCUAGCAGCCCAUCUGUCAAAAAGUCUGAAGAAAAGGGUGUGGUUGUUGUCCACGAAGUCAAGUGCAAGCUUUAUGUGAAGUCAAGUGAUCCAGUGGGUAGUUGGAAAGAGAAGGGGACAGGAAAGCUAACAAUACGAUGCAAAGAGGGUGUCAGCAAGGGUACAAAAGAUUCAAAACCAACGGUCAUUGUUCGGAAUGAUGUGGGAAAGCUGCUGCUUAAUGCGUUGUUAUAUUCAGGCAUCAAGACUAAUCUGCAGAAGAAUUCCCUUGUUGCAAUAUUCCAUACUGCGGGUGAUGGUGAUGGAAAUGAUGAUAAUAAUCAAGAUAGUGUUGUGGCACGAACCUUCUUAAUAAGGAUGAAGACAGAGGAGGACAGGAAUAAUCUGGCCACAGCAAUCCAAGAAUACACUCCUGCGUCUGAAAGCGAGUAACAAAGUAGAAGUUAUAACAAUGUAAUGAUGUACUACCAGAAAGGAUCAAUUUUGUUAUCUAUAUAUUUUGCAAGGGGUGCUUAGUUAGCUGGCCCCUUUUUGAGGCUCUAAAUCGAGUAGUGUCGCUUUGAUAAUUUGAAUAAAAUAUAGUGUGUUUAAGAGGCGAUCUUGUACCAUAAGAGAAUGAUAGUGCUUUUGUUUCGCUGAAAAUGUGUAACUUGCUCUCUUUAUGCAUUCCUAUCAUUUGUUGGAUGAUUAUAGUUAUCAAUGGAACAACUUUGACC